AUGACAACCAUCCAUGAAAGCAGGGCUCCUGAUCAGGUGAAGGGCAAGUAUGCAGCAAUAAUAGUUUGUUGGGUUCUUGGGGCUGGUUGCCUAUUUGCAUGGAACGUUCUUUUUACUAUACAAGAUUACUACGGUCACUUGUUCCCGAGAUACCACCCAUCAAGGCUCCUCACUCUUGCCUAUGUGCCAUUUUUUUUUGGAGUUCUUGCAGCACUUGCUUAUAACGAGGAGAAAAUCAAUACAAGGAGAAGGAACCUAAUUGGUUUUACUUUAUUCUUUAUUGGUUCUCUCUUGCUUUUAGUACUGGAUUUAGCUACUUCUGGUAAAGGAGGUCUUGGAACAUUUAUCGGAAUUUGCAUUAUUAGUAGCAGUUUUGGAGUUGGAGGUGCUUUAGCAGAAGGUGGAAUGGUUGGAGAUCUUUCCCUCAUGAAGCCUGAAUUUAUUCAAUCUUUCUCAGCUGGGUUGGCUGCAUCAGGAGUUAUAAUGUCUUCUUUGAGGUUAAUUACAAAAGCUGCUUUCAAGAAUUCUAACAAUGGGCUUCGUAAAGGAGCUAUUCUGUUCUUUGCUAUCGCUGCAUUUUUGGAGCUUGUUUGUGUUUUUCUCUAUGCGUUUAUCUUUCCAAGACUACCAAUUGUGAAGUAUUACCGCUCAAAGGCAGCCUCACAAGGAUCCAAAACUGUAUCCGCUGACCUUGUUGCUGGUGGCCUACAAGAGGUUGAGGAAGAUACAGAACAUCUGGUCCGACUGAGUGUGAAGGAACUAUUAUAUCAGAACAUUGACUAUGCACUCGAUAUAUUUCUCUCGCACCUUCUUACACUGUCAAUAUUUCCAGGAUUUAUAGCCGAGGAUACAGGAUCACACUCAUUGGGUCAAUGGUAUGUUCCAGUUCUGAUAGCGACGAAUAAUGGGUUUGAUUUUGUUGGAAGAUAUAUUCCAAUGUUGAGAUUCUUGAAAUUGGAGUCGCGAAAGGGUCUCAUGAUAUUCACUUUACUGCGUUUCUUAUUCAUACCAGCAUUCUAUUUCACAGCCAAGUAUGGUGAUCAAGGUUGGAUGAUAAUGCUCACGGCUGCCUUGGGAAUAACUCAAGGCUAUCUCAUUGUGUCUGUUCUCACUUCCGCCCCUAAAGGUUACAAGGGGCCGGAGCAAAAUGCGUUGGGAAACUUGCUUACACUGUCCCUGGCACUAGGCGUUGGUCUGGGGGUUGCAUGUGAUUUUCUGUGGCUUAUUGGGAAAGGAUGGUGA